AUGUUAGCCACAAAAUGGUCCCGUGUGGUCGCCGUUGCUGCUGCGGCCGGUGCGGCUGGGAUAGGGGGCGUGAUCUACCGAGGCAGGAAGGUGUCAGCCCUUACAUCGUGGCAGGUGGAUGCCCGAAAUCAAGCCUUCAAACCGUCCUACAACAACGCCCCGGGGAACUACAGAGGGGAACUGUUCAAACUGAGUUCUGAGUACCCCAGCGCCUUGCCCGGGGAGGACCACAAGGAACUCCCCUGGAUGAAGAUCGACUUCAAGACGGAGCCUGAGAAGUACCUGUGGACCGUCCUCAACUACUGCUUUGAGGGAAACACCGAGUGCGAUUUUCGUGUGGAUAAAAACAAGGUGCGUCCGUGGUACAACGCCCCGUGGAUGGCCUACCGACAAUCGGGGCGGGAACCUAUCCAUGGCUUAACUAUGGAGAGGCCUGCCAACGCUGGGUACAUCGCCGACACUCAGAAACGAUGGGAACAGACAUGGGCUGUUGGUUUCUACAACUCUUACGGCGCCUACACCAUCGGGAAGUUCUGGGAGAAGCCGUGGGAGCCAACCCUCACCGGCAACGUGAAAUUCCCAGAGGGUACGGUCGCUUUUAAACUGCUGUUCACCGAGGCGACAGAAGCGGACGUGCCCAGCCUGGCGGGGUCUCCAGUGUGGAAGGCGGCGAUCGCUAUUCCCGAUCCGCCCAUUUCCCCAGAUGCGUCCGAUGCGGAAGCGUUCGGCAGGCUUUUGGAGACAAUGAAACCUAAAGACAGAGGGCCCAACCUCUACCCACUCCGGCUCAUCCAGGUGGACAUUAUGGUCAGGGACUCAAGGGCUGAGAAAGAGACAGGGUGGGUGUUCGGAACGUUCAUGUAUCACAAGGACUAUGGCCAGAAAACCAAGGACGACUGGCGGCGCCUGGUGCCCCUGUGCCUGCAGUGGGGGAACGAUCCCGACCUCACACCGGAACGGUACUACGAGCACGGCAAACGGCCGACUGAAACUUGGACCAACCCACUCGUAAAGGAAAAAGGCCUCCUAGCACCGGGCCGUCCCUACCUUGGCUAUCUCGAACGAGCCAACGGGAUUGUGGACAACUUCAUAUCCUGCUGUGCCUCCUGCCAUUCCACGGCGUCCAUUCCAACGUUCCCGAAGACGGUGACCCCAUCGAAACCGGAUCUGGUCCCCAACACGAUGUAUUGGUUCAAGAACAUCCAUGCUGGGGAGCCAUUCGAAGAGGGUGGAAAGUCUCUGGAUUAUUCCCUGCAGCUGGAUUCCGGGCUGACCGGAUACUUUGAAUGGGUGAAAAGCAAACCAAAACCGAAGUAAUUUUAAACUUUCCGGGGUCACACGGGGUCAUUGCACCAAAACGAGGCUAGCAAGGCCACCUUCGUAUUACACUUAACUAAUAAGUAUAGAUAUAGGCCAUCUUCAGUGGUAGUUUUUCCCCUCUAACUUGAAAUACUGUAGAAUAUGUGCCUGUCACGUGUAGAAAAUAUUUUCUUCCUAAAUUUGAAUUCCAUUUCGUCAAAUUUCAUUCCUUUUUCACAGUGUUUGGUGGGUGAAUUGGUAGUACGGUUGUCAAA